CUCACCUAGGUCACCAACAACUCGGUGAAGUGAUGUAGAAUGUCUCUUUGCUUUCUCCGCAAAUGCCAUGUUUGCUCCGAAAUCCAUUCCUUUUGGCCGCCGCGGGUCGCCGCCGGGUCGCCAUGCUGGCGUCCCGGUCCGAGCGACUGCGGCGGGAGCGGAAAGCGGAUGAGAAGGUGGAGAGGUUCAAUCGCAUGAUGGACCUGUGUGCAUCAGCCGAAGACCUCCACGGGACUGAACGCAUUUUCCAGAGACUGGUGAGGGACAAGCAAGAGCCCAAUGACCUGAGCUUGGCCCUACUUGUGGCCGCCAGUGCGGAGGCACGAGAGAUCGUGCGAGCUGAAAUGUGGUUGCGGAGGUUCAUGCGGGCGAAAUUGGGCGAGAUUCGUCAACACCCCAGGGUCACUCGGAGCUUGAUAGCUGCCGGUGCCAGGAGCAUGGUGGAGGAGGAGGAGGAUUCGAGCGCUGUGCGGCGCUUUUCCUCCUUAGUAGCUACAUCAAAGGGGGAUUUGGAUGAUACCAAGUUGCAGAAGCUUGAGGAAAGCUUUGCAGCUGCUUUGAAGGAAUGCCAGCCUAUGAGCUCAGUGACCAAGCAUUUGUAUGAGGAGCUUCUACAAUGCUUGGCUGGCCUGGGGAAGAAGGCGCAGAUUCAAUCCAGGUUGCAAGAGAUGGCGAAGCUGGGAGUCCCGGCCAACACUCUCACGUACGGAAUUAUUGUCAAUGCUUUGCGCCCCACGGAGCAAGACUUGUUGUUCGCGAGCCAACUCUUUCAGCAAGUUGAGGAGAGUGGGUUGAUGCCCUCGCUGCCUCUUUUCAACGCCAUGUUGAAGGUCUGCGCACGGGCGGCGGAUCUGGACCGCGCCAAGAGUUGGUUCCAAAAGAUCUACGACGCUUCACUGCAACCGAACAUCCUCUCCUUCAAUAACCUUCUGGGUGCCUGCACGAUGUUCGGAAGCGUCUCUGAAGCGCGGGCCGUUUUGGAGAGGAUGACGAAAGCGCAGGUGAGCCCUGACAGCUUCAGCUACCUCUGGAUGAUCAAGGUCUCCGGUCGUCGAGGUGGAAAGGCUGCAGAGGCGUGUCUUGAGGAAGCUCGACACCAGGAGCUCAAGCUGGAUACAGGGAUGUACAACGCGGUGUUCCGCGCCUACUUGGCAGAAGAGGAGACACCAGAGACGCCCAAGAAUGUGAAGAGGCUCUUUGAGCAGAUGGAACUGGAUGAAAUCCGGGCUGAUGGGAUGUCCUUGUCCUCUUUGGCAUAUGCAUAUGCAAUGCAAAAUGAGGUGGAACGCGCAGAGGAUUUGAUCUUCCAGGCACGCCAAGAGAGCGGUCGACAGCGGCCUGAAUUCUUCGCCUGCUUGCUCUUCGCCUAUGCGAGGAAGCGCGGCAGCCGGAGCCGGAAGGCGGAGCGGGCCUUCCGAGACCUCGUGGACAGCGGCCUGGCGCCGACGCCGGCGAUGCUGCGGUACCUCCGGAUGGCCAUGCCAACGGAGGCAGAGCAGCUAAUGGCUGAGCUAGGCGUGAGUGAGAAAAGUGUGUGUGUGGGGGGGGGGGAAGAGCUGGUGAAACCGAUUGCUUGA